AUGUUUUCCCCUACCGCCCUCCUGCUGUUCCUGGUCGGUGCUGUGGUUGAAACGGUCGUUUCAUCGCCUGCACAGGUUCCUUUCCAGCUCGAGUCCUCCAAGCCGAGGAAGCUGCAUGGCCGAUUCUUGCAUAUCACAGAUAUGCAUCCAGAUCCACACUAUGCAGCACACACCGCGGAGUCGACGGCCUGUCAUAGGAAAAAGGCAAAGAAGAAGAAGAACGAUUCCAGAUACUAUGGAACCCCGUACUCAGACUGCGAUUCGCCUUUCCGACUCACGAACCACACGUUGGACUUUUUGAAGGAGAACUGGGCGCACGAGAUCGAUUUUGUCAUCUGGACAGGAGAUAAUGCAAGACAUGAUAAUGACCACAAACUUCCGCGAACACCUUCAGAAAUUUAUGACCUCAACAGGGCUGUCGCUUCCAAGAUGCAGAGGAUCUUUGGGAGCAGGGGGAUCCCUGUCAUACCCAGCCUAGGCAACAACGACGUUUGGCCUCAUAACAUUUUAAUCCCUGGUCCUAACAGUAUCACGAAUGAAUACGCAUCAAUAUGGAGCCCCUUUAUCCCAUUUCCGUACCUUCAAGUCUUCCAACGCGGGGCUUACUACACUGUUGAAGUGGUCCCAGAUGAAUUGGCUGUCAUCAGCUUAAACACCAUGUAUUUUUACGAUUCCAACAAAGUUGUCAGCGGUUGUGCAUUUAAGGAACCAAAUGAUCCUGGCAACCUCCAAAUCGAUUGGUUGGAGGUCCAGUUAGAAACGUAUCGGAACAGGAACAUGCAGGUUUGGAUUUCAGGCCAUGUUCCGCCCUCUCCAGGAAACUAUUUCCCGGAAUGUUAUGUUCGCUACACCGAAACGUCAUUACGAUACCAAGAUACAAUCGUGGGCCAUCUGUUCGGGCAUAUGAAUGUCGAUCAUUUUUUCUUCCUCGAAGCUGACGAUCUGAAGAUUGUUCCGGACAAGGAGAAUGGUGCCAUCCGUACGAAUCAAGGCGGGCUUUUCGAGACCCUAUUGGAAGACUUUUCUGCGCUUCCGAAAUCCCCGAAGACUUCAGAUCUUGACGACUACGUUGUCGUCAACGUUGGGCCGUCUGUGGUUCCGAACCCAUAUCUGCCAUCGUUCAGAAUUUUCACAUACAACAUCUCUGAACCAACUGAAUCGGGUCUAGCACCAAAAAAGAAGAAAAAGCCAUCCAAACGCAAGCACGGGCAUCGACGAGGCAAUGAAGGAAACAAGACCCACCACUGCCAGUCCGAAGAGUACGCAGAUACAUGGCGGUGCCAUCUCGAUCGACCUUGGUACUCUGAUGAGAAUUCACCAUCGCGGCGGAAUCAGCGCUUCACCCCUCUUGGCUACGCCCAGUAUUAUGUGUCCAACCUGCACCGCGCGAACAAGACUCACGCGCCCGAGUUCAAGUUGGAAUACCUGACGUACCCAGCUGAUUCGCUGCACCCCGACCCAAAUCAGGAGUUGCCCAAGGAGUUUUUGUAUCCGAUUCCCCUGAGGCACCUCCCGGAUGCCCUGAGAGAGCCUGGGGAUGCGAAGACGAAGUAUGCGCCGUACCGCAUGACGGACCUGACGAUCGGAUCGUGGAUACGGCUGGGCCGUCAGCUGGCAGACGAUAAGGGGAAUAAGCUGCGAAAGAAGUUUCGAAAGUACAUGUACAUGGGGCGGGAAGAGGAGUAG